AUGGUCGCGACCGCCGGCUCUGAAAGCCUGGGUGGCCGCUCUGCGCUCCCGGAGGCCCGGCUCUAUGGCCGCGGCGGCCGGCUCCCCCCUUGGUGCCGCCUGCGCGCAGGCGCAGCGCCGCCAUGGCGGGCGGGGGCACGGCUGGGCGCGUGCUGGCGCGCGCGGGACAGGGGGCGCGCGCCGCGGGCCCACUGCACUCGCCGCAGGUGGGGGCGGCCGCUGGGUGCCGAGGGGACGCUGGGGCUGCUGGAGGACGCCGUGGUGCACCGGGAAGGAGCCCUGCUGGCGCUGAGCAAGCCCCCUGGCCUGCCCGUCCUGGGGUGCCCUGGGGAGCUGAGCCUGGCGGCACUGCUGCCGGCGCUGCGACGGCGCCUGGGCCUCCACGCUGAGCUCCACGUGGUGAAGGCUCCCGCCAGGGAGUGUUCUGGCCUUGUCCUCCUGUCCAGCUGCCACCGCACCACUGAGCAGCUCCAGCAGUUCUUUACUGACGCCCGCCGGAGGGGCCAGUACCCUGCCACGUACCGUGCUGUCACCGUGGGAGUCCCAGCAGAGGUGGAGGGCGAGAUCCGCACCGGGCUGUGCUGGCAGCAGCAGGGUGACACCGCCGUGGUGGUGCCAGUGCCGGCCCCAGGGCGCCGCAGCCUGGCCAGGAAGGAGGUGAAGAGCACCCUGACCCGCUACCGGGUGCUGGGCACCGCGGGGGGCUGUGCCCUCCUCCAGCUCCAGCCCAAGACAGCCUUCCCGGAGCAGCUCCAGGUGCACCUGACGCUGCUGCUGUGUCCAGCGCUGGGCGACCAUGAGCACUCGUCCCGUGUGGGCAGGGUGCUGGGGGUGCCCUUCCUCCUGCCCCCCACAGCCACUCCGCCCCACACACAGGUGCUGGACGAGGAGCUGCUGCACCGGCUGGGGCUGUCCCUGCAGCAGCUCCGCAGCCUUCCACUCCACCUGCACCUGCAGCAGCUGGCACUGCCCCAGGGCCCGCUCUGUGCCCCUCCGCCACCCCCAUUCCUGCGCACCCUGCGCCGCCUGGGGCUGCCUGGGCAUCAGGAGCCCUAGCACCUGCAGGGGAACCCCAUCCCCACCCUGCUUCUCUGUGCUACCCCAUUAAAGCCCCACCUGCCACCA